GUCCUCCGUGGCCGCGUCGCGCGGCGGGCUCCAGGCUGCCGGGGUGGGCUCGCGGCGCGCCGGGCCGGAGCUCGGGGUCUCGGCGGGAGGGCGGGGGUCUGCGUCCGCCCGCGGGGCCCAGCCGGCGCCCCCUCUCCGGGCCGAGCGUCCCGCGCUGCUCGUGGCCGCCUUUUCCUCGCUCGCGAGCGCCCUUGGCUCCCGGCUGAGACCAGCUCGCCGUCACGGAGUUUACGCACGGCUCAUCACUUGCUUUUUUUGAGAUGGAAUUUUUUUUUUAAUAGAAAAUAUGGUAUUUCUUAAAAUGCAGGCAUGUCAGGGAAACGUAACCGUCGCCCCCGGGUCCCCGCCGCCGAGGCGUCCCGCCCCGCAGUCCGCUGGGGUCGGCUGAGUACCGGUUCCCGAGUGGCGGUGAAGCCCCACCUGCUUCUUGGCUUUUCAUCAUCUUCAGAGGCCCCGGGAGACCUGGCCAUGGCAGCAGCCAGGCUCCUGCCACCGGCAGGACCCCAGGCCUCAGUAACCUUCGAGGACGUGGCCGUGCUCCUCUCCCAGGAGGAAUGGGCCCGCCUGGGUCCCGCACAGAGGGGCCUCUAUCGGCACGUGAUGAUGGAGACCUACGGGAAUGUGGUUGCACUCGGACUUCCAGGAUCCAAGCCUGAUGUGAUCUCCCAGCUGGAGCGAGGAGAAGAGCCAUGGGUCCUGGAUGCACAGGCGGCUGAUGAGCACAAGCACCCGUGGAAUGACCACUCCGAAUAUGAAACCAAAGGCAAGAAACAAAAUAGGGAUUUGAGUCUGAAGCCAUUAAUUUCAGAGGAAAUAGCAGUGGUUCUGGGAAAAACUCCCAUGGGAAAGAUUGAUCAAGAAUGUAAUGAUCAAAGCUUCUGUCUGGGUUCAAACCCAGUUGGCCAUCAAGAGGUUCAGGUCUUGAGCCACAAUGCACCACCAACUCAGCACCCAGUGAUUCCUCAUGGAGAUAAACCCUACAGGUGCAUUGAGUGUGGGAAAUCCUUUGGUCGGAGCUCCCAUCUCCUUCAACAUCAGCGAAUCCACACUGGAGAGAAGCCCUAUGUGUGUGGCAUAUGUGGGAAAGCCUUCAGCCAGAGCUCAGUCCUCAGUAAACACAGGAGAAUUCACACAGGAGAGAAACCCUAUGAGUGUAAUGAGUGUGGGAAAGCCUUUAGAGUGAGCUCAGAUCUAGCUCAGCAUCAUAAAAUACACACAGGAGAGAAGCCCCAUGAAUGUCUCGAAUGUCGGAAAGCCUUCACUCAGCUCUCACAUCUUAUUCAGCACCAGCGGAUCCACACUGGAGAAAGGCCAUAUGUGUGCACAUUGUGUGGGAAAGCCUUCAACCACAGCACCGUCCUGCGGAGCCAUCAGAGGGUGCACACUGGAGAGAAGCCUCAUGAGUGCAGUGAGUGUGGGAAAACCUUCAGUGUGAAGAGGACACUCAUCCAGCAUCAAAGAAUCCACACUGGAGAGAAGCCUUACACCUGUAGUGAGUGUGGGAAGGCCUUCAGUGACCGCUCGGUCCUUAUUCAACAUCACAACGUGCACACUGGGGAGAAGCCUUACGAGUGCAGUGAGUGUGGGAAGACCUUCAGCCACCGAUCCACCUUAAUGAACCAUGAGCGAAUUCACACUGAAGAGAAGCCCUAUGAAUGCUAUGAAUGUGGGAAGGCCUUUGUUCAGCAUUCACACCUGAUUCAACACCAGAGGAUCCACACCGGGGAGAAGCCCUACGUGUGCAGCGAAUGUGGGCAUGCCUUCAGUGCACGCAGAUCUCUGAUUCAGCAUGAGAGAAUUCAUACAGGUGAGAAGCCUUUUGAGUGCACAGAAUGUGGCAAAGCCUUCAGCCUGAAAGCAACUCUGAUUGUGCACCUAAGGACCCACACAGGCGAGAAGCCCUAUGAGUGCAACAGCUGUGGAAAGGCCUUCAGUCAGUAUUCAGUGCUCAUCCAGCAUCAGCGGAUUCACACGGGCGAGAAGCCCUAUGAGUGUGGGGAAUGUGGGCGUGCCUUCAACCAGCACGGGCACCUGAUCCAGCACCAGAAAGUGCACAAGAAGCUGUGACCCUCGGCUGCCAAGAGAGGAAGCCACGCCGGAAACUGCACACAGGACCGUGAGAAACCUUCAACCCGGGAGAACCUUCUGUUAACUCGCCAGAAAGCUCUUCUGUUGUGAUUUGGUAUCAAAGAAUAAUUCCAUUGACACACAUUGGGCAUGUUCUUCCUAUUAAAAUACUUCAGUGAUGCCUGUUUUUUCCCUACAUCUCAAAAUUAUAUUGGAGCAUAACCAUAAUAUUGUAGUGAAUUUUGGUAAAGAUUUAGUCACAAUUAUUUAACUUCAGAGGGUUUAUUCAGAGUAACUAAGGAACAUUAAGGCAUAAGGACUAUGGUCAUGAUAAAUUUUUUACAUUCCAAAUAAAACUUUUUGCUUGGAACAUUUCAUGCUUUUCCUAAAUAUAAUGAAUUAGACCAUUCUAAUUACUGCACUUAAAAUAGAAUUGUGGCUAUUUUUAGUAUCGUGUUAAAACACUAAAGUGCUUUGUGUAUAAAGUGAUAUAAAAUAUAGUUAUCAAUUGUUCUGUAAAUGACUGGAAAUCCUAAAUGUGUAAAGCUAUCUAUUUAGUAUAAAAAAUGAAGAAAGUCUAAAUACACAUUAGGAAGAAACAGGGUAAAUCUAGAAUACCCUUUAUCUGGUGCUUUAACUUUAUUCAAACUUAGAGGGGAUGUUUAAACUUUGUAGUGGAAAUUAAUUUUUUUUUCCUCAAAACUGCCCCUAUGACCUACAGUCCCUGCAUCGUAGAGACCAUGUGGGUCCCUAUGUGGUCAUAGGAGGACAGCCCCAUCCCGAAAGCCCCAGAUCUCAGAGUUGCUAUACCAAGUGGGUCCUCUCUAUGCCUUAAUUGUUUUUCAUAAAAUGUUACAAAAGAGAGUAAGUUAGUGCAUACAUUAUAAACAACCAAAUUCUCUGAAAUUCCAAUAGCUCUUUUUUUAAUUGUCUUUACUGUUCUGUUCUUCUAUUUGAGGGUUGGGUUUUUUAAAUAUUUUAUUCUUAUAUUCAAGAGAGUCUAGUACCCUUUUCCAUAUAUUGUGAUGAAUCUGGCUUAAUGGCAAUUAAAAUUUUGUGUUUAAUGUGUUCAAAAUGAUUUGUUCUGUUUUAAGAAAUACAGUCCUUUAAACUGAAUUUAUAACAAAGCCAUUUCUGAUAAUGUCCAGACGGAGAGGAAGCAGAUACUGCAUGAGAUUCAGGUUUCUUUUGCUUCUGCUAAAAUGUUGACUACUGGUAAAAAAAUACAAUGCUUUUGUUUUCCUCUUUUGAAAAAAAUUGAGUUAUCAGUAUAAGGAAAAAAUGAGGGACUGCAUGCUAAGUUUCAGACAGAGUUUGCAUUCACCUCUGUACUGGUUUGUAUAUAUUAUGUCCCCCAGAAAAAGCCAUGUUCUUUGAUGUAAUCUUGUGGGGACAGAUGUAUUAGUGGGGAUUAAGUUGGAAUGUUUGGAUUAGGU